AAGAGAAUUUUAUGGAAAGGAACAAACUUUGGUGAAAAACAGAGAAAAGCCCUAAAGGAAAAGAAAAUGGAAGCCACUGAGACGGUUCUUUGCUCGUUGCUUGCCGUCGACCUCACUGAUUAUUGCUACAGAGUUUGUUCUCGCUGCCAGAGAGUCCUCCCUUCAGAUAACAAUGGCCUUGCUUCUUCUUCAUUUUGCAAAUUCUGCAAAUCAAAAGAACCAAAACUUCUCUAUCGGAUUCUCAUGUCUAUAGCAACAGAUACAUCAGUGAAAACUGUGAUCUGUUUUGAUAGAGCUGCCACUGUUCUCUUUGGUUGUUCAGCUGAUGAGUUCUUCCACUUCACUAAGCUCAAUCCAUUAGCCGCAUCAAAGGUUAAUCAGGUCUUUGAUGGAGAAAUGCUAAGGAUGACAUUAACUCGGCCUCACAACCGAAAUGCGCAACACAUGAGAGUGACAUCAAUUGUUCCUCUAAGAUCAGGAUUUCGGCCAGCAAUUGUAACUUUGACACAUAUUUGCUCAAAGAAUGCUUCUUUAGGGAAUUGUUCUACAACAAAUCACAGCUCCUAAUGUUGGAGUAAACAUAUAAAUGCUGCUAUCACUAGUUGUUUGAUAUCUUUUCUACACAUUAUUUUGUCCGAAAUACUCUUAAGUAGUUGUUAAGUUCCUCCUUGGAUUAAGUUCUAAUUUGGUUGUUAGAAAAUUAAUAGUUGAUGUGGAAACUUUAAUCAAGUGUCUCCUAAAGUUCAUUUGGUAGAUUUCC